AUCCUGCCUGUCAGAAGAAGAGGUUUGAUUCUUUGGACUUUAACCUCCGUAUAUGUUUUGUUAUUUGCAGAUUCCGGUUCGGAUUCAAGUAUGAGUGCGAUUCUUCCGCGGAUAGAGCAGCUGUCCGCCAGAGUGGUCCGGAUUCUGGGCUGCAACCCGGGACCGAUGACCCUGCAGGGAACCAACACGUACCUGGUCGGCACCGGGGAAAGGAGAGUGCUCAUAGACACGGGAGAACCUGCAGUCCCUGAAUACAUCAGCAACCUGAAACAGGCGCUGAAGCAGUUCAACGCCAGCAUCCAGGAGAUCGUCGUCACACACUGGCAUCAUGACCACACGGGCGGAGUGGAGGACGUCUGCAGGGACGUUGCUGGCAGUUCUGACAUCCGGGUCAGCAAACUGCCUCGCUCAAUCAAAGUCAGCGAGAGUGCCGGAAACAAAAGCUUCACUUACCUGAAGGACGGAGAUGUUGUCCAGACCGAGGGGGCCACGCUAAAAGUGCUGUUCACCCCGGGUCACACUGACGACCACAUGGCCUUGCUGCUGGAGGAGGAGCAGGCGCUCUUCUCGGGGGACUGCAUCCUGGGGGAAGGCACGGCCGUGUUCGAGGACCUCUACGACUACAUGAAGUCUUUAAAGAUCCUGCUGGACUCUCAGGCUGACCUCAUCUAUCCCGGUCAUGGUCCUGUGGUUCAGGAUGCGGGCUCUAAGAUCAGAUACUACAUCGGCCACCGGGACCAGAGAGAGCAGCAGAUCCUGGCAGCCAUUCAGGACGGAGCAGGAAAGCCUUUCUCCUCGAUGGAGCUCGUCAAGAUCGUUUAUAAGGACACUCCUGUGAACCUGCACCCUGCAGCUAAUGUGAACCUGGUUCAUCACUUAAAGAAACUGGAGAAGGAAGGCAAGAUCAGCCUGGUGAAUGAACCUCUAGAGAACAUCAAAUGGAGGAGUAACCUGUGAUGUCCACAGAGGCCAUGAGGAACUGAUGAUGAACUUCUACUGAUCAUUUAGUAAUACAGUAAAUAAUCCUCAGUCCUAAAUGAUCGACUUUGGACUUGAUAUUAAAUAUUCAAUGCCUUAGAUCUGUGAUCGGCUGACGGUAUGUUGACGGAGAAUCAGGGACGGUGGUCACACAUGUUGCCUUGAAA